GAUAUGGAGACAAAUAUUUUCACAAUGACCUAAAAUUCAUGACACCAAAGAUUGAUGCAUUAGUUGGUUUGAUGUGGAAUAAUCACCCUUUUCUCAUUAUGGAUCCUUCAUGUUCAUAAGUAUUUUUUUUAUAAAGAGUUGAUUACUAUUGAUUGUAUUUCUGUAUUUUUAUAAUAAAAUGUGUUGCUUUAUAUUGAUUACUUUUUCUUCUGUUGGUAACAAUGCUCUUAGGAUUUGUUUGUAUUGAUUGUUUGUUGACAUUGGCUUUGUCAGAAGUUUUGUAAAAUCUCAAUAAUGUUGAAUCAGUUUCGUUCAAGAAAUAAUUGUGAAACGCAGGCUAAGUUCAUACAGGGCCGUAUCCAUUCAGUUGAAAGAAAUUUAGCCGAGUUCUGCAGCAUUUUUGCUCAAUAUUCCCGUAAAGUGGCUCGUGUUAGAGACAAAGGGGACGAAUUAGCUAGGGUUACUUUAAGUAUAGCCGAAAAUGAGAAUAUUAACAAAUCUUUAGCUGUAGGAUUGGAAAAUUUUGCCAAUUGUAUCUCACAAAUAAGUGAUUAUGGGGAUAUGAGAGUUCAAACUAUAGAUUGCAAGGUAGUGGGGGAAUUUACAAGAUAUGAAGAUAUUUGCAAACAAGUUAAAGAUGAGGUGAAGGAUAUUUAUAAUACCAGGGAUAAAGAAAUUGCUAAAAAGAGACAUUUGGAUAGAUUAAGAGAGAGAAAUCCUAGAAACAGGCAUCAGAUUAUUCAGGCCGAGACGGAACUGGUAAAAGCUACAGCUGAGGUGUCAAAAUCUAUUCACAGCCUUGAAGAAAAAACUAACAAUUUCGAAAAACAAAAAUUGCACGACGUAAAAUCUAUAUUACUAGAUUUUAUUGCGAUAGAAUUAGGAUUUCAUUCCAAAUGUUUAGAAAUUUUAACAAAAGCAUAUGGUGACGUCCAAUCCGUAAAUGAAGAAGCAGAUUUAGAGGAAUUUAAGAAGACUCUUAGACAUCCCGAAUCCAGUCAACAAAAAUCGCUAGGAAAGAGUUCACUUUUUCGAUCUACAGGAUCUCUAGGAUCCCUUGGGAUGAUGUUUUCAUCUACCCAGAACAAAAGAACACCCGGUAUUCCGGAUUUGAAUAAGAUGUCGAAGAGUGAAGAAACAUUAGAUUCUAUGAAGCACAGUAUAACUGACACAGAGGAAUCCGAAGAUGACGAAACUAUACAGGAUGUUAGUAUUUCUAGUGAGGAUUACGUGGACGAAGAUAAGAGUGAUAAAAAACCGUCGCCAACAUUUGUGAGGAAGUUUAGAAAGUAGAUUGGUAUUUUUGUAUCGCUCAGAAAAUAUUUUUUGGAAACUUUUUUAAUAAAACUUUUAACUUUA